UCGGACGCGUCGUCGCUGACGCCCAAGGAGCGUCUGCUCGGCCGCAUCAAGCAGAACUUCGACCUGGAGACGCAGAGCUGUCGCCAGGGAGACUGCCACGCAACAGAGGAAAGUGAGACCGGUGGUGAUGAGGUCAGCCAAGUGAAGGACCAGUUGCGGCGGCUAAAGAGACGCUGCGCCAAGCUGAAGCGCAAGCUGCAGGAGAAGGAGGAGGAGAUUCGGGCGCUGCAGGACCAGCAACAGCUGCGGUUUCCGCUUCUGAUGCACGAAACGAUGCGCAGCUUGCGCUCACUAGAGGACAACCAGUCCGACCGCUCUUCUUCCGCAUUGCCGCUGUCGCAUUCCGUGAUCAGUGAUAUGGCGCACGAGAGAAGAGAUGUGGAUGCUCGGAUCCAUGAGUAUGAACGGCAGAUUGCUGAGCUGUAUGAGGAGAACCAGCAGGAGAAACUCAAGAACGAAAUGCUGAGCGAGUGCCUUCGCGACCAAAAGCACGCCAAAGCGAAGCUUAUGAAGGUGUGCAAGCAGGUUAAACAGGAGCUGCAAGCAGUGAAAGACAGCGGACUGAGCCAGAUGCUGAUGGAUAUUGAGGCGAGGUGCGACGCUUUGGAGAAAGAGAAGAACAACAUAGAGGACAAACUUUCGGCAGAGCGUGCCCUGCGUGCAAAACAAGAAGCCCAGAACGAGGUGCUGGCUAACCAGCUUGAAGAUAUGAUCUCGGAAUCUAAGAAAUGGGAAGGUACGCAGAAAAAAAUCCGCUCGAAUUUGACAGUAUACGACUUCUUACGCGAACAGCUUACUGCGCAACAUGGAGGUGGUUUUCUUCAAGGUGAUGCCAACGCUUGUGCAGCCGAAGCUACAUACGACAAGCUGCUCACGCAGGUGUACGAAGAGACUAAUACGGUCGACAUCAACUUACUUGAUGAGGGAAACUGGUUCCACGACGAUAGCGUUGGGGAUGGUGCUAGUGCUGCUCAAUCAUGUGAAGCGUAUGCGGUACAGCUUUCUGGAAGUGUACUGGAUGCUGCUCGAUGCCUGUCCGAACUCCAGCAAGUAGUUGAGGACGCCUGCGCGCGGCUGAUGGGAAGCACUUUCAUGAACCAAUUCGGCCUCGUGGCCGUGACCGCCGUGCUGGUGGCGCUCUACCACAACUACCUGGCGCCGCAGCCCGCUGUAUGGACGCCGCCGUCGCAACUCAAGCUCACGUACUUCGCCGGUGCGGGCCGCGCCGAGCUCUCGCGCCUGAUCCUGUCGGCCGGUAACGUGUCAUUCGAGGACGAGCGGCUGGACCGCGACUCCUUCCUGGCGAUCAAGCCGACGCUGCCCCUGGGCCAAGUGCCCGUGCUGGAGGUGGACGGCACCACGUACAGCCAGAGUAUGGCCAUCGCCCGUUACGCCGCCAAGCUCACGGGCCUGUACCCGCAGGACCCGCUCGAGUGCCUGCGCGUGGACAUGGCGUCCGAGUCGCUUGUUGACAUCAAGGCGCUCGUCACUGAGAUCACGUACCGCACGCCGGACGAGGCGGCCAAGGCUGAGAAGACCAAGAAGCUGCUGGAGGAGAGCGUGCCCAAGACGCUGAAGCUGCUCGAGAGCUUCGUGCACCAGGGCCCCUUCUUCCUGGGCGACAAGAUGACGUAUGCGGACUUGCAGUUGUUCGACAUGGUGAAGAACGCCCUUGCUAACUUUGACGGGUUCUCACUUAAGGCGUACCCGAAGCUCACGGCGCUCGUGCGCAAGGUGGAGACCAACGCUAAUGUGGCGGCCUAUCUGGCCAAACAUCAGAAGUAG